AAUUGCAAAAGUAAAUGUGGAACGAGUUCAUCGUGGAGCGAACAUCCAGCUCAUUUAUUUUCGCUGGCUUUAUAAUAUCUGAGAAAUAGGCCACGUCGUCAUGGGUCGCAACAAGGCCAAUGCCAAGAAGGGAGCGGGAGCAGGCGGAAGUGCAGCUGCUGGCAAAGCAAAUGCCAAGCCUGCUUUGAAUAAAUCCAAGAAGGCCAAAAACGUCUUCAAGGUGGCCAACAACAAGGGCAAAAAGAAGCCCAAGGAAGUGAAGGGCAAGCUCAAGCAGCUCAAGGAGACUGUCAAGGCCAAGCAGGAGAAGGUGGACGAAACACUGAAGGUGCUCCACAAGGAUAUGGUCGUUAAGAAGCCCAAACCGGCUGCCACGCCCAUCAAAAACAAAAAGAAACCCGCAGGCAAUGCCAGCAAAGUCUCCGAUACGCUGGGCAAGCUAAAGUUCUAAAAUAGCAUUCAAGUCAAUCAAUGCGAUUUGUUAAUAAUAUUAGUUCAAAGGAUUAUACACAUAUAUCUAUGUACAUAUAUAUAUAUAUAUAUAUAUAUAUAAAUAUAUAUAAAACUGUUCGUUCAGACUGUUCAGCUGCAUGUUCUAUAAUUGAGUUCGAAUUUAUAUUGAGAAAACGUAUUGGAUAUUUUGUCCCAUAUGAAUCCUAGCAAGUCAAGUUAGCAUUGCAAUUUUUAUAGAAGCCGUUUUUAUAGCACCUAGAUAAGUUGCGAUUGUAUUUAAUCUACAAUUCUAGCUACUGUAAAAUGCUCUUGAAUUGAUAUGUAAGUCUCUCUAAUUGGACUCAUAAGAAGCUUAACUUAGUCUAUCCGUUUACUCUUCUUUUCUUAUUGAACUUACAGUCACUCUAACUGACUUCACUUAUUUCUACCUAUUAGAGAAUUAUUGUUUAGAAUAUUUUCGUUGGCAUCCAAUUUAGAUAAAUAAAAGAUUCAACUGAUAAA